CAAGAUGGUGAAUUAUGUCGGAAAGUUGUGUCUUGCUCCGAUGGUGCGAUCAGGCGAAUUGCCGAAUCGGAUAAUGUCGCUUAAGUACGGUGCAGACCUCGUUUGGUCUCCAGAAAUAGUGGAUAGGAAGCUUAUUCAGACGAGGCGAGUUGUGAACGAAGAGAUAAAAACUGUUGACUACGUCGUGGAUUCUCCUCAUGGAGCAAAGUUGGUUUUUCGAACUUUUCCGGAGCUUGAGGCUGGAAAAUUGAUUUUACAAUUGGGAUCUUCUGAUCCGGAUUUAGCUGUACAGGCUGCUGAGAAGGUGAUAAAAGACGUGGAUGGCAUCGACUUGAACUGCGGAUGUCCGAAGCUGUUUCUGACGCACUCAGGUAUGGGUGCUGCAUUGUUGCUGACUCCGGAGUUGCUCUGUUCAGUCCUUCGAGACUUGGUGCAAAAAGUAGGCAUACCAAAUCAAAAGCCUAUCAGUUGUAAGAUCCGAUUGUUGGACGAUUUGGAGGCUACCAGAAGUCUUGUAGAUCAGAUAUGCGAGACUGGGAUAGCGAACUUGACUAUUCAUUGUAGACAGCGAGCCAUGCGGAAUCGCCAGGAGCCGAUCUGGCACUACUUACUGGAGAUAAUACCUCGAGUUCAGCUGAAAGGAAUCAGCGUGGUUAUUAAUGGGAACCUUCAGUCUAAGGCUGAUCUUUGCAGUUUGCAAGAUCUUUUCAACAAUAAAGACAUAGGUGGAAUGAUUGCCGAGGCUGCCGAGGCCAAUCCAAGCGUCUUUUCUGAUUCGCCAUUGACUCAAGAUAAGCUAAUUUCCGAAUUUUAUGGCAUCACCAAAACGUACGGCGAUGUAUUUGCUGGAAGCAAGUUCAUGAUGUUGAACCAGAUCCCUGGAAGGUCACCUUUUUAUCGUCAAAUAGCCCAGACAAGGACUUACGAAGAUAUGGAGAAAAUAGUCCACGAAAUCCAGAACGAUAAGGAGGACAAGUUCAUUCACAAGAUUCUCAACAAGGAUCUCCAGAAACAACGCUGCGUGAAUGGUGAAGAAUUUGCCGCUCACAUGGUGCUAAGAAAGGAGGUAAUGCAAAGGUUGGUAGGAAAUAACAAGCGCAUUGCUGUGGAAUCAGGUGGUGAGAGCAGCAAGAGAAGCAAACUUAACGAAACAAAGAGUGCUAUGGUAGCAGUAUAGGAUAUAGAUAGAGAUUUAGGAAUAUCUAAUGAAAGAACUUUUCAAUUC